GAUGCCAUUAUUUUCAUGAAACAUCCAGACAUGAAUGCAAAAAUUGUCAUUGCACUGAUCCUGGCUCUGCAGGUCUCCACAAGCCUGUGUGAAGUCCCAACACCAUCAGACGAGCUUGUUCAGAAAUAUGACCAAGCGAAAGCUAGAUUCAUACAGAGAUUGGUGAAUGCCUACAAAAGGCAAGGAGCCAUUGAGGCACAAGUGGGCGCUGAUGCUGCAGUUGCCGAGGAAAAGGUGGAAGAGCUGAAAAAGACCAAAGAGUUUGAAGCUGUCCAAAAAGUUCUUCAAAACAUCGGCACCGAGGUGGAGCCAUACUUGAACUCGGCCCGUUCAGCAGCGCUGGGUGGAUAUGAAAAACAUGUGCGACCACAAGUUGGCUCAUACCUGAGCGACGCCCUCGACGUCAUCAGUAAAUUCUUGGAUGGAGUCAUGCCUGCCCAGUAGAGCAAAUGCUGUCAGAAACCUGUAAUUGAUUCUAGCUCAUAGAAACGACACCCGUUUAGGCCUAGGAGUGCAAUGCACAAUGCAAAUAUAAAUUAUUUGCUUAUUCUUAAAUCCACAUCCUUGUCAAGUCAUGCAGGGUGAAAAGCAUGGCAAAGAUGUCAACAACACCCGGGCAAAUUGUGCAUGUACAGUAUUUUGUGUUUGAUCACUAACCAAAGUCUGCCUGUAAUGUGUGUAUGUUUCAGUGUCCUCAAUAAAAUGAACUGAAAACUA